CCAUAAUCACAGUACUGUGGUUCUCUCUCUUCAGUCUGGAUGUCAAGAUGUCAUUCUUCGAACAAAACCCGCUAACGCAGUACACAACACCACCAAACAACUACAUCGGGUCAACCUUCUUCCUCUCCUACAUCGUCGUCGCGUUUUAUCUCACAUCAGCCAUCGGAUACUCACUGUACACACAGUACACAUCCGUAUUUCACUCUCACCCCUCUUCACCACACAGCAAGUUCAAACAGAAUGGCGCCGGAAAAGUUGAAACGCGCAAUGUGCGCGCUCGCCACAUCAAAAUCUAUCUUAUCCUCGCACUCAUAAGCUUCACCAGUAUCUCAUGGCACAUGCUUGGCUUCCUUAUCACCUCAUUCCUUGACUGGAACAAGAGCUCGACCCGCAACGUGUUUGCUGUACUAGGCAAUACCGCAUUCGACAAGCUGCAGAGGUGGAUGCUGGAAACGAGUUUGUUCAAUGACUUCGCCAUUCAGCUAGUAGCCGACGGCGAGAGCGCAGUAUGGACACAACUAGCCAUCCUGGCAACGUGGGGAUGGAACUUAUGGAUCAGUCGAAAAGGUCGCCAGUACGGGUUCACCGCAAAAACAAUGGUGCCCUUCAUCAUUUUAGGCCAAAACUUACCCAUCAGCUUUACGGUCGCGCUGUUUAUUAUUCAAUUACAUCUCGCAGCUCUAGAUGUGGCUGGAAGCGAGAAGAGGACAAAGACACAUGCUCAGCCUAAGCAGAAGCCUGUUGCGUCACUUAUGCUUCCAACGAUCUUGCUGAAUGCCUUGCUCCUCGCCCAACCGUCCCUUCGCGGGCACCCGGGAUUCUCUUACCUUCUUUUGGCUGAGCGUGCGCUGCUGCUUCUGCCGCAUACGAGGCUGCUCAAGUUGAGCGACGCGGAUAUCAAGAAAAGCGCUGCUAUCUCAGGUGGUUUCGUCGUAGCGAACUGGGCAAUGCUGAGGAAGGAUGUUAACGUGGGGGAUGUGGUUAUGGCGUUGGUGUGGAGGGGACAGGCGGUGAAGACGAUCGGGUGGGAUGCUCUGUUGAGUGCAGUUAUAUAUGGAGUAUUGAGCUGGGGCGGUGGGGUGUGA